AAAAAUGUGAAAGAACAACCUCUUUAUCUUGCUUCUCAGGAUCAAUUGUGCACAUUGUGGAAGGUGUUUUUUCUCCUAAUCUUUAUGCCAAAAUUUCUUUUUUAUGUUCCUUCGCUUCUCUCUUUAUUCUGUGGACAGGUUUAAGAAGACUGUCCGUAUACGGGCUCGCUCUCACUCACCGGUAUUAAAUUGCAGCGGUCUUGCUUGCAUCCACUGCACAUUCUCCAAGAUCCUCUCUUUCUCGGUGAAGACGAUGCUGCAGAGAAGGCAAAUGAAGGGAGGAAGAUAACAGUGGCGUGUUAAAGAGAAUUAUAGCGAAAUCGAAGUAGAGAAAGCGAAUAUUUGAAUAAAGGUCACACCUUUGCAGUGGAGAACAUCUGACGAGAUAAUGGGCGCCGACGCUGUAACGCUUGGGCGCCGCCGGGGGCUUUCCGCGCCGCUGCUACUGGCGAUGGUCGCAGCGAUAGCGAUUUGUUCGCCAUCUCCGUUCACUCCGGUUGACGCCUCCGUUUCCUACGACCGCAAGGCCCUCAUCAUCGAUGGCCGUCGGAGGAUACUCAUCUCUGGUUCCAUUCACUAUCCCCGGAGCACUCCGGAGAUGUGGCCGGAUCUAAUCAAGAAGGCCAAAGAUGGCGGCUUGGAUGUCAUCCAGACCUACGUGUUCUGGAACGGCCAUGAGCCUUCGCCCGGCCAGUAUUAUUUUGGAGGGAAUUAUGAUCUAGUUCGCUUCGUCAAGCUGGUGAAGCAAGCUGGUCUCUAUGUUCAUCUCAGAAUCGGCCCUUAUGUCUGUGCAGAAUGGAACUUUGGGGGAUUUCCUAUCUGGCUAAAGUAUGUUCCUGGUAUCAGCUUCCGGACUAACAAUGGGCCUUUCAAGGUUGCAAUGGAGAGAUUCACAGCCAAGAUAGUCUCCAUAUUGAAGUCUGAACGACUAUUCGGGUCUCAAGGUGGUCCAAUAAUCCUCUCUCAGAUUGAAAACGAAUAUGGUCCGAUGGAGGACUACUAUGGUGUUUCCGUUGCGAGGAGUUAUGCAACUUGGGCAGCUCAAAUGGCAGUUGGCCUCAACACUGGUGUCCCAUGGGUCAUGUGUAAACAAGAUGAUGCACCCGAUCCAGUAAUUAAUACUUGCAAUGGAUUCUACUGUGAUGAUUUCUCUCCAAACAAGCCUUAUAAACCAUCUAUCUGGACUGAAGCUUGGACUGGCUGGUUUACGGCUUUUGGGGGUCCAGUUCCUCACAGACCAGUUGAGGAUUUGGCUUUUGCUGUUGCAAGGUUUAUACAGAAAGGUGGAUCCUUCGUUAAUUACUAUAUGUACCAUGGAGGAACAAACUUUGGUCGGACAGCUGGUGGUCCUUUCAUAUCGACGAGCUAUGACUACGAUGCUCCUAUUGAUGAAUAUGGUCUCCUGAGGCAACCAAAAUGGGGUCAUCUGAGAGACCUGCAUAAAGCAAUCAAAAUGACUGAACCAGCACUUGUAUCUGCAGAUCCGACCAUUUCAAAACUCGGAGAUCAUGAGCAGGCACAUGUUUACAGAACAAAAUCGGGUGCUUGUGCAGCAUUCCUUUCUAAUGACAACCCGAGAUCGGCUGCAAGAGUUAGUUUUAAUGGAUUGAAGUAUGACCUUCCGGCUUGGUCCAUCAGUAUACUUCCUGAUUGCAAAACUGAUGUAUUCAACACUGCAAGGGUAGCAGCCCCAACAAUUCGGUACAGAAUGGCAUCGGUUGGCAAGUUUUCUUGGAAGUCCUUUAGUGAACCGACCAACUCAUUGGACGAUGAAUCAUUCGCGAAGAAUGGGCUAGUGGAGCAGCUUAGCCAGACGUGGGACAAAUCAGACUACCUGUGGUACACUACUAUUGUUGAUAUAAGCCCAAAUGAGCAAUUUUUGAGCAAUGGUCGGAACCCCUACCUCGCCGUGAUGUCAGCAGGUCAUGCUAUGCAUGUUUUCAUCAAUGGAGAAAGAGUUGGGAUUGUUUAUGGUGGCCUAGACAGUCCAAAGCUGACUUACACAGGAAAUGUAAAGCUCUGGGCAGGAAGGAACAAGAUAUCGAUUCUAAGUGUAGCUGUUGGUCUACCAAAUGUGGGUAACCACUUUGAGACAUGGAAUGCCGGGGUUCUCGGUCCUGUGACUCUAGAAGGACUCAAUGAAGGAAAAAGAGACCUCGGAUCUCAGACAUGGACUUACCAGAUUGGCUUGCGAGGUGAGCAUUUAAAUCUUCAUACGCUUAAUGGAGGUUCUUCAGUUGAGUGGGAUGGUGCUUCCACAAGAAUGCCCUUGACAUGGCACAAGGCUUACUUCAAUGCUCCAAGAGGGAAUGACCCGUUGGCCUUAGAUAUGAGCGCCAUGGGUAAAGGUCAAAUAUGGAUAAAUGGACAAAGUAUCGGUCGAUAUUGGCCGGCCUAUAAAGCAUAUGGUUCGUGCGGUGGUUGUGAUUACCGUGGAACAUAUGAUGAGAAAAAAUGUCAAACUAAUUGCGGGGAUUCUUCUCAAAAAUGGUAUCAUGUUCCUCGCUCCUGGCUAAACCCGACCAGAAAUCUUCUGGUUGUGUUCGAAGAGAUAGGUGCCGACCGAUCUGGAAUUUCGAUGGUAAGAAGAACAGCUCAGUAAAAGAGCUUAUUGUUCGAGAUGUCUAUGAAUAAUAGCUAAGGUGGGGAUUAAGUUAAAUUGCCAAUUGCACCAUAAUGGUGGAUAUAGUUCUAGGAUCACUUGUGCAAAGACAUAGUCGACAUUCCUGGUGAUCAAUGGAGAAGCACGAACUGCGCGCAGCCAUUGAAAACCAAGACUUGACCGGCGAAGUCGAGUAAGUGUAGUACAUUACAUAGAGCAAGUGUGCUCGACAUGAAUUGCUCUAAGAUGUAUAUGAAUUAUUUGUUGUACUAGUAUAUUUCACAAUGUAUUA